UUCCAUUUCUCUUUGGAGGUUCUAGCCGGUGUUAAUUGAAGCUGAAGAUCAUCAAUUCUUAUCAGAUCCAGCAGCGACAGUUUGAACUCACAAGUGAGGCUUUUCCUGAAAGUGCAAGAUAUAUAUUUGAUUUUGAAAUGGCUAUUAACAUCGUUGGUGCGAUCACGGGCGUUAUGAGCUGCCUCUGUACACAGAACUGUCUUCAAGAAUCACUUGGUCAUCAUAUUAGACACCUUAGAAGACCCAAAAGGAAUUUGAACAAGCUCAAGUCAUUGUUGGAGGAGCUAGAUGCCCGGAAAGUUGACAUGUGUGCCAAGCUAAAUCAAAUGUGGCUUCAAAAAGGGAUGAAUCCAAAGAAAGAAGUGGAAUUGUGGCUGAAAAAUGUUGAUGAGAUUGCAAAUGAAGUAAAUAAGAUCAUAAGGGAAGUUGAACAAGAAAGUGGAAGCACAAGUGUUCUCUCUCCAUUUUAUUAUAGUUCAAGAAUAAAGAGAGGAGAACUUAUUGAGAAAAAAAUGGAGGAGGUGAGAGAGCUUCUAGAGAAAGGUCGAUUUGCAGAUGAUUCAUUGGCUGAAACUUCUCCUCAAAAAGGGCAAACCCUUCCAACAACAAAGCUAAUGGAACACGAAACAACAAUGAAAAACUUGACCAAGAUUUUGAACUUCAUAUUGGAUGAUAGAGUGAGAAUUAUUGGUGUUCAUGGGAUGGGCGGAGUGGGGAAAACAACUAUUAUGGCUGAAAUUAACAAUAGACUAUUGAGGGAAAAUAGACUAUUUGACAGUGUUAUUUGGGUUAGUUCCUCAAAGGACAUGAAAACUGAGGAGUUACAAAAGGUUAUUGCAGGUAAGUUUGAUAUAGACCUUUCAGGAUUUCAGGAUGAGACUUCAAGAGCUGCCACACUGUUUGAAGCUUUCCAAAGAAGGAAGAAGUUUGCCUUGAUUCUGGAUGAUCUAUGGGAGCCAUUCUCUCUUGAAAGAGUUGGAAUACCAAUACCAACUGUGGAGAACGGUUGCAAACUGCUAAUAACUACUCGAAGGGUAAGCGUUUGCCGAGGCAUGGAAACAGAUAGAGAUGUCAAAGUAAAGGCUCUUACAGAAAAUGAAGCAUGGGAUCUCUUCAGGGACAAAGUUGGGGAUGAAGCAUUGGCCUCUCCGGACAUCAAACUGAUUGCAAAAGAUGUGGCAAAAGAAUGCAUGGGAUUACCUCUUGGUAUUGUUACCGUGGGGCGUGCCUUGAGAAAUGCAACUGAUAUUUCAGAAUGGCAGAUUUCAUUGAUGGGGUUAAAAGCUUCAGCUCUCAACAUAGAACAAAUGGAAGAAUCUGUUUUUUCUCGUUUGAAAUUCAGCUUGACAAAAUUGAAGGAUGACACAAGUAGGUCCUGUUUUCUAUAUUGUGCUCUCUAUCCUGAAGGUAAUCAUGUUGAUGCAAAUGAAUUGAUUGAGUAUUGGAUGUGGGAAGGUUUAUUAGGUGCUGUGGAUAGCAUUUCAGCAAGCAAACAGAAGGGGAAAAUCAUAUUGAAUGAACUAAAAUAUGCAUGCUUGUUGGAAAAUGCUGCAGACAAUGAGAUGGAAUGUGUCAAAAUGCAUGACUUAAUACGAGAUAUGGCCUUGACAAUCAUGAAAACAGAUCCUCGAUGGCGCUGCAUUGUCAAAGCUGGCAACAAAUUGAAGAAACCUCCCCAAAUUGAUGAAUGGACAGAAGAUGCUCUAAGGGUGUCAUUGAUGAAAAAUGAUCUGAAUAAUAUCUUUCUUGGCAAUCCUCCAUCAUGUCCAGCUGUUACUUCCCUGUUAUUGCAAUACAACUCUUUCUCUCAAAAUAUACCUUAUGACUUCUUUGAUUUCAUGCAAAGCCUAAAGGUUCUUGAUCUCUCUUACACUGGGAUCCAUGUGCUGCCGGGUUCGGUUUCUAACUUAGAGAAUCUAUGUGCCUUAUUAUUGAGCAAUUGCUGGAAUUUGAAAUUGAUCCCUUCUGUGGCAAAACUCACUAAGUUGAUGGUUCUCGACCUUUCGGGUUGCCGAAACAUAAAGCAACUUCCCCAUGGGACAGAACAGCUAUGCAACCUGAGAAGGCUAAAUAUUUCCAAUACCAUGAUUAACAUCUUGCCAUCUGGUUUUCUCUCAGCAUUAACCCUUCUAGAGGAGUUAUUAGCAUCUAAUGCUCUCGUCUUUCAAAAAACAUUGCCACUGAGCGUUUCUGAAAUCAGCAUUGGUGAAAUCAUAUCCUCCUCAAGAUUAUCAUCUCUUGAAGUGGAUUUCUGGCACUGUGAUCUCUAUAAUCUGUAUGCUUGCUCUGGUCACUGUGCUCAGCUAGAGAAGUUCAAGUUCAAUGUUGGACCAGGAGAAAUCCAAGAAUUUUCGGAGAAAUGGAGUGUGGCAUUUCUCAGCAUAUCCAUUGCCAAAGAGGAAAUUUCAAUCCCAGCAAAUACUAUCGAGUUGAAGUUUAUUGACUGCUAUGAUAUCACAGAGUUAACUACUUGCCUUUUGCAUGUAGAGAAGCUCAAGAAAUGCACAGUAGUUUGCUGUUACAGUGUAGAAAGAAUUGUUGACACUGAGCAGAUUGAUUUAUCUAUGCUGGAGACUUUGGUGCUGAGAUAUUUGAUCAAUUUGCAGAUGAUAUGUAGGGAAGUGAUGACUUCAUCUGCAUUUAUGAGAUUAAAGAUCAUAAAUGUAGAAUUUUGUCCAAAUUUGAAGAGCCUAUUCUCAGGGAACCUUUUGCUUCAACUGUCAAAUCUUGAAGAAAUUAGAGUCGGCCACUGCAACAAGAUGGAGGAUUUGAUGAGAUGGGAAGGAGGGGGAAGAAACAGUAAUGACAUUCAUGCUGCCAAAAUUCACUUGCCUAGAUUAAGGAAAUUGAGGUUGGAGUUCAUGCCAAAUUUAAAAGGAAUAUAUGAUGGAUUCAUGAGUUAUGGCUCUCCAUGCUCUUUUGAAGUAGUUUCUUGUGAUGCACUGAAGAGAUUACCCUUUGAUCUUGAUGAAUUAGUAGGCCUUAACCAGCAACUAUUGUCACCGCAUGCUUUGGAAAUCAAAGGAGCAAAGUGUUGGUGGGAUUCACUUGAGUGGGAUGAACCUGAUGCCAAGCAAAUAAUGCAGACAUAUUUCAUAGAGAUGCCAAGGGUGUCAGAUAAUGUUGGUAGCAGCAGCCAAGUAGGAGCAAUAGUUCCUAAUAGAUAGAGGAGUUUUAAUCCCUUCUCCUAUGGGAUUGUUCCAAUAAUUAUUAUCUUUUAAGCGUUACCUUUCAGAUAUGUACAUUUGUUAUUGUUUUCCCUUUCUUUUUUCAUGUAAACAGCUUCAUCAUAUAUUGUAUAUCUGGACUUG